ACACACAUUCUAAAUUCCAUGCUUCCUCUCUUGGAUUAAGACAAGUGAGGUUAGAUAUUUUUUUAGAGGUUUUAAGAGAGAGAUAAACAACCAUGAAGCCUGAUCAAGACUGUAGUGAUGGAGUCCAUUAGUCCAACAACCAAGGCCAUGCUAUAUUGAUCUUGCUGUUAAUGGAAUUGUUUUAAGGACCUUCAUGCAAAACCCCAACCAUUUCCCCUUCUGCACUCCACGGAGCAGUGAAACCGACCUUUCUCCCCUCCCCCGCGUUCCACUUCGCGGAGAUCUAGCCCUUGGGUUUCGCCAGCGGCGAGGCCUAAGUCAUCGGCGGCGAGCCAAACUCCACGAGCGGAGGAAGAGGAGGGGAAGCUGAGACGAGGAGGCAGCUAUGGGGCAGCAGUCGCUGAUCUAUGCGUUCGUGGCCCGUGGCACGGUCGUACUGGCCGAGUACACGGAGUUCACCGGCAACUUCACAACCAUCGCCUCCCAGUGCCUCAUGAAGCUCCCCGCAAGCAACAACAAGUUCACCUACAACUGCGACGGCCACACCUUCAACUACCUCGUGGAAGACGGAUUCACAUACUGUGUUGUUGCUGUUGAAUCAGUGGGGCAACAAAUUCCCAUUGCUUUCAUGGAUAGGGUUAAGGAGGAUUUCACAAAAAGGUAUGGUGGCGGGAAAGCUGCUACCGCUGCGGCUAACAGCCUCAACCGAGAGUUCAGAUUAAAACUUAAAGAGCACAUGCAGUAUUGUGUGGAUCACCCUGAAGAGGUUAGCAAGCUGGCCAAAGUGAAGGCACAGGUUUCUGAAGUCAAGGGUGUUAUGAUGGAAAACAUUGAAAAGGUCCUUGAUCGUGGAGAGAAGAUCGAGCUGCUUGUUGACAAGACUGAGAAUCUGCGCUCACAGGCACAAGAUUUCAGACAGCAAGGAACAAAUGUGAGGAGAAAGAUGUGGUUGCAGAACAUGAAAAUCAAGCUCAUCGUCCUGGGAAUAAUCAUCGCACUUAUUCUGAUCAUUAUCCUCUCUGUCUGCCAUGGUUUCAAAUGCCAUUAAGCACAGCCAGAACACUGGUACAUUCAACUGCGCCCUAUUAUACUGCUGCUUGGAGGCACAACAAAAAAAAGUACUAUUUUUCUGUUCUUUUGCUAGUGUGCUCUUGGCCGGGUCAUUGUGCACAGGUGUUUUACAUUGUCCUAGUAAUUGAUACAUGUUGGAUGGUGAAUAGAUUAGUUGUCAGCCAUCCAAUUGGUACACGCUAUGUAUGUAUAGCCUGGAUAUGAGUAAAUUUACUGAAUUUCUCCGGAAUGUUGUGCCUCGGCGUUUGCUCCUCCGGACAAUAAUCUGGGGCAUCUUGCAUUGGCCCCAUUUAGGACAUGUUUGGUCUGUCGCCUAAUUUGACAUAGUUUGUCAUGUCUAAUGCUCCGCUCGAUUUAGGGCAACUAAGCUUUAAUCACUUGUAGUCCCUAAAGAAGUAAAUAUGGUGACUAAAGUGGGGUGACUAAACUUUAGUCACCCCACUUUUGAAAGCGUGGCAAUAUUUCUUUAGUCAUGUCAAUAUUUCUUUGGUGAAUAGAUUAGUUUCAGCCAUCCUAAUUGGUACACGCUAUGUAUGUAUAGCCUGGAUAUGAGUAAAUUUACUGAAUUUCUCCGGAAUGUUGUGCCUCAGCAUCUGCUCCUCCGGACAAUAUUCUGGGGCAUCUUGCAUUGACCUUAUUUAGGCUGUUUGGUCUGUUGCCUAACUUAACAUAAUUUAUCAUGUCUAAUGCUCCGUUCGGUUUAGGGUGAAACUUUAAUCACCUGUAGUCCCUAAAGAAAUAAACAUGGUAACUAAGGUGGGGUGACUAAAAUGGAUAAGGGAGUAGGAUUUUACCUCAUUUGCAGUCUUCUCUCUCCGUGCAGCAAAUAUCCACUAAUUAAUAGGGAUAAUGCAGUCAUUAUUCGUACCAAUUAAUGCUCUUUAGUCAGGUUUACUCACUAGAACCAAACGGCGUACUUUAGUGACUAACCAAACGGGGUCUAAGAUUAGUCAGGUUUGAUCAAGUUAGGCACUAACAUAUGUUUGGUUUGUAAUUACAGUUAUGUCAAGAUUUUUUUUCUUGAUGCAUAGGUCAAAGUCAUCGUCAAUGACUUGUGAAAGCGUGGCAAUAUUUCUUUAGUCAUGUCAAGAUGUUAAUCUGCAGUGUCUUAGGCAUACAAUCAAACAGGUCUUUUGUGUAAAAUCACAGGUUGGAAAAUAUGAGCACGGAAUCUAUUUUAAUUUUUCAGGGUCUUGCUAUUUGGCUUUAAAAAAAAAUCGGUGCACCGCCGCGGCAGCAGUCAGGUACGAGAAUGCGCCAGAAGUGGUAAAUGGUCUCUCGUCAGGUGCCGGGCAUCGAAGAAUCACGUAGAGGGUGUUUGGUUUUACUGAACUCGUAUCAAAUAUUUGGAUAUCAAUUACGCCUAUUAUAUAUAUGUUUAAUUAGAUUUAAUAAACUCGAAUCGUCUUUUAGUGUUUGUAAUUAGUUUUAUAAUUAAACUACUUAAUGUUCAUAAUUACUAUUUAAACAUUUGAUGUAAAUUGAACUUAGUUGUGUGGAACCAAACACACUCUAAAGUUAGCUCCUCUGGACCGUCAAAUGCCCUAUACAUUAUUGUGUGCUGUAAAAGUCAUGGAACCAGAGCAAUUAGAACCGAGACGAAGCCCCCUCCGGAACGUGCGACUCCGUUGUUGGAGUCGUGUUAUCAAAUCACUGGGAUACGCUACACAUCUGCUGAGCUUUGAUAGACGUCAGAGCUAGGCUUGCAAGGAUCUACAUUCUACCUCUGCUGCUUCUCCUUCUCCUGGCAAACUUAGAUCCAGUCAGAGCUCAGAGAUGAGACAGACGAUCUCAUUCCCAUGUCUCCUAAUCAGGAUAACGCCAUGAAACGUGUCGCUUCAAAAGUUGAAAUACCACCUGCUAAUUAAUCCAGAAUUCCAGGUCUCUAAUCCGUUUAAGGUCUUGUUCGGUUCAUCCCGUUACUCAUGGAUUGAAUGGGAUUGGAAAAAAUUAAGAAGAAGUUUGACUUGUUUAAGAUUUAAACUCAUCCAAUCUCACUCAAUCCACAUGGAUUGAGAGCUAACCGAACAAGCUCUAAGACCUUGUUCGGUUAUUCCCAUUAUACAUGGAUUAGUGGGAUUAGAAAAAAUUUAGAAGAAUUUUAACUUGCUUGGGAUUGAAACCUACAUAAUCCCACUCAAUCCACAUGGAUUGAGAGCUAACCGAACAAGCCCUAAGCGAGAAUAGUUAAAAUUGUUUGGCUCAUUGGAAGGUCAGAAUUGUAUUUUUUUUUGGAGGAAAUACCAAGAGAAAGUACACUGGAAGCUAGACGUACGUACACUGGAAGCUAUGACCGUAUGACGUACGUACCACCAUGUGCGCACUGUUUUUGGAUCCCAAACAAACAGAGAGUAGAAAGCAACGCCUCUGGACUGGAGGCAUGCAGCGCAAGCGCAGGAACAGGAUCCAUCUCUGUCUCCCCUUUGCUCUGCAUCUGAUACCCGAUAGAGCUGCAGUGAACAAAGCAGUACGUACGCCUUCAGUUCUAAUUCUAAAGAAGACACAAGAUGACCGGUCAAUAAGUUAGCCCCUAGGACCAGGAGCCUUCUCGUCUUUUGGACACAAACCACAGCACCCCCCUCCCCCUUCUCUCUAGCAUGUAGCAUCCCUGUCUGCUUGCUUUAGAACUCGAGCAAGGCCACUUUGCCUGUUCAAAGCUUCGCCAAGAAAAGAAGGUAAAGAGAGGAGGAGAUGGUACAAUGGAGGGAUAGGGAGGAAACAAAAGAAGAGAAAAGGCAGGCUGGCUGCUGCUGCAAUGGUGCUUGUGCUUCUCCCUCCCUCCCUCUCUCUCUCUCUCUCUUUAACCCCUUCUGCCCUCUUUUGCCUUUAGCCCGCUCGCUCCUGGUCUGUUUGUUUGUUUGUGGCAUGUUUGAUGCAGAAGGCUCAUGUUUUGUGGUAAAAGCUAGAUUUCUAGAGACAUGCACAAGACCUGUAAUAUUGAAGUUUCGCAAACAGGGACUAUAUUUUGAAGAGAAAAAAAAAAGAAAUAAAGUACUCUAGGAGAGUUGUAUGUGCCGGUGCUUCUUUUCAGAGUUCAGAACUUCGGACCCAUGGCUCCUUUAGCAAAUUUAUGCUGUGCUGCAGACCAUACAGUGGCAAUGCAAAAGAAUGAACGCCUUAAAGAAAACAACAGGGUACUGCUACAGAGAUGUAUAAAGCAGCUGCGGCCAAGAGAGAGAGAGAGAGAGUGUGAGUGAGGAGGAGCUCUUUCUUGACCACAACCCUUUGCCAAGAAAGAAUCUUUGAUGCUUGCUUGUUUCCAUGUGAGAGGGAAAGCUCGAUACUUACUGCUCUCUAUACAAAAAAAAAACUCCCACUGGUAGAAUAGAAUAGAAUAGAAUAGGCUUUGUUACCUCCCCCACCCAUGACCCACCCACCAAAAAGAAGAAGAAGAAGAAAAGCUAAAGUUUUCAUCAUGAUUAAAACUGUCUUAAAUAGCAGUGCUUAGAAGAAGAUAGGCCACCUCCCCCUAGUUACACCCAACAUCCCAGUCUCUGUUCCUCUUCGUCCAUGCAACGCAUCUUCUGUUUGCUUGCGGCCGCUCCCAACAUGUCGCCGGCCUCUUCGGAAUCGGACGCUUCCAUGCACGCCUCCGCAUGCGCGCUGCCGACGUCACGCUCGGCCCGGCGACCGUCCUGAUUUGCCGGUUCCCCUGGAGAAGGCGCAAGGAUUUGAAACCGGAUUACAAGGGUGAGAGGCCUGAAGCAGCAGCAGCAGCAGUCUUUUUCUUUCAGCAGGUGAUGCACUGAAACCGUUAAGAGUUCCUGUUGUCUGUUUGUUUAUUUAUUUAUCAUGAUGAUGAACCGUGGUGUGCUGCCUGCUGCGCUUUGUUUGAAUAGUAAUGAUUCCGACAA